AUGGGAUCCAAGUGUUCAAUCCUGAACGAUACAGAACACGACGUAUGGAUCACACAUGGAAUAAACUGGACAGUAUUGAUCGCGAGUGUGGGUGCCGUGGUCGGUGUGCUCACUGCAGGAAUCGGGAUUGCAGCGUUGGGCGCAACCGUUGGCGCAGGGGGAGCUCUUGCCGGCGGUGGGGCACUGAUUAUGGCGGAGGAAGGUCUCAUUAUGGGCGUAACUGCAACUACAGUAGCUGGAUUGACCGCAGCCCAAUGGUCUUUAGCAGGAGUUGUCACGGCUCUCUCGAGUACGGCUCUUGCUCAAGCUCUGAAUAUCAGCAGAGACGAGGCAGAAAAACUUCAGCAGAGUGUCAAAGACUUUCAGGUAAUCAUUUUUUUUGCACAUGACGUCACAGGGUGCCAUCAUGGUUGAUUCGAAAAUCUACCAAGUUUAAGUCUGAUUUCCAUAUGGUCGUAACGGUCGUAAAGAUUGAGUCACGAUCAUUCUCAUCAGCCGAAAUACAACAUUUUAGAACCGAAAAUACGCGGAGUGAUUACAACUGGAGAAUACUUAAGAUUUAAUAAGUAUUCUCUAGUUAUAAUCACUCCGCGUAUUUUCAGUUCUAAAAUGUUCCCUAUUUCGGCUGAUGAGAAAGAUCGUAACUCAAUCUUUACAACCGCGAGCAAAUAAAGGCGACAAUGUUAAAACAUACACGCCAAAACGGAGUGAUUUUUGCUCUACAUACACGCCAAAACGGAGUGAUAUCACCUCCAAAGCGGAGUGAUUUUUGCUCCGCGUCGCGUACCGGAUUACUGUAAGUACAAUCAAAAUAGAAAAUAGGUCAGAAAAAAAUUAGUAAAAAGCCAAAAAAUUAGCGUAUGCACACUCUUAAGCAACCUUGAUAACAUACUAAAAGUCCUCAUGUAUCCUCUUGGAUCUUUGGAGAUUAUGACAAGUUUUUUGUUCGAUUUCCCUGGUGAACUCCUAUAUUGUUAAAAAAGUGAAAUUUCAGAUUCAUUUAUAGGAAAAAUAAGUUACAUCAUUAGAAAACUUACAAAAAACUACAUAUAAGACAUUUAAACGGCUACCUUGAUUUUGCAAGUUCUUCUUGAGUUAUGAGCUGUUGGAAACGUGUUGUCAGACUAGUACCCAGGAUUUUUGCCAGAUUUUAUUUGUCACAUUUGGAACAGCAAUAACUCGAAAACCGCUUGAAAAAUUUAGGUGACUGUUUAAAUGUCUUAUAUGUAGUUUUUAUGAGCUUUCUAGUGAUGCGAGUCAUUUUUGUUAUUAGUGAACUUGAAAUUACUAACAAAGCUAAAAUUACUGAACUAUGUGGCGUAGUGUAAACAGCAACCGAAUCCGGUAUGAAAACUCUAAAUUUCCAUCUACAAAACCCUUAUAAUAUUAAUAUUAACGUUAUUUUAUUUCGCAGGCCUCGGCGGAGUUGAUCAAGCCUGGCGAUAAGUACACAUGGUCUGGUUCUCUAUCUCUCACGAUGAAGGUGUAUGUCAUGAACGAUAAAUUACAAUGUGAUCAGAGAGGAUGUUUCACUGGCCCCACAGCAGGCUCUGAAAACGUCUAUCUAAUAUCUGAAUAUUUUAAAAAUUUAGAUGUCGAGAAAAGACCCGAAGACACACUUACGGUUUAUUCUUGA